AUGGAGGAGACGUUAAAUCCAAAGAGAAUCGGCCUGCCUCAAGAAAUGGUCGAGCAUAAGAGAUAUGAGUUCAAAUGGCCACCUAGAAUAAAGUCCCCUCUAGAUGCUAAAGACCGAAACAAGUAUUGUAAUUUUCAUAAGGAUCAUGGGCAUACCACAGAGAAUUGCAUGGCCUUGCAACGGGAAAUAGAGGCACUUAUAAAAAGGAGACUCCUCAGUUCAUAUGUUAGUAGUGACAAACGCCCUAGAAAUGGUCGUAAUAAGGAAAAAGCCCCGGCAACCAGGGCGUGGUCGCCAACCAACAGAGGGACCAUCAACAUCAUUGUCGGAAGCAUUGCAUCAAGGAGAGAUUCAAAUAAUGGGCGAAAACAAUAUGCCAGGCAGCACUCUUUGACAUCAGGAAUAUCCUAA